ACUCACAAACAGCGAUUUUCCUGAUUCCUGGAGAAGAAACAAAAUGGCGUUCCCUCUUUGCGCCCUGAAGCAACCAUAUCUUCCUUCUCAUUUGGACAAAGGAAGGACGUGCCGAUACGUGGGUCAAGCUGUGAGAGCUCUGCCGAUUCGGGUAAUCACAACGGGGAAAAGGAGAUCAGAAGGUGUUCGACUCUUGGUCGAGGAGUACAAGAGCAAGCUCAAACCCUAUUGCUCCUUUGAAGAUUCCAUGAUUCGUUCCAACCCUAGGAAUGCUCAGGACGUGAUGGCUCAGGUUGAGGAUGAGGACAAUUCUUUGAUGAAGCUUAUCGGGUCGGAUGAUUGGGUUGUGGUUCUUGACGAGGGAGGGCUUGACAUUGGGUCAGAGCAGAUGGCUGAGCUACUUGGGGAUGCAGGAAACAGUGGAGCUUCAAGGAUAUCGUUUUGUAUCGGUGGGGCUUAUGGACAUGGAAGUAAAAUAAGGAAGAGAGCUAAUGUGACCAUCAAACUGUCUUCCAUGGUCCUGAAUCAUCAGAUUGCUCUGGUGGUGCUGAUGGAACAGCUUUACAGAUCAUGGACUAUUCUCAAAGGCCAAAAUUACCAUCACUGAAUCUCUGUUUUUUGCCUGAUCUUUGUCCUCCUGGGUAUUCAUUCCUUCAAGGACACAAUGCGUAGUUGUAAUGUGAGCUAGAAGAUGUAUAUAAAAAAGUUUAGUGCAUCAAGGAAUCAGACAGCCCAAUGAUUCUCAUACCAUAAAGAGUUCAUAUCUCAAAAGGAGAAAGGACACUCAAAAGAACAAAUGGUUUUUGGGGACACAUCAAACUGAACAGCUUUAGGAAAGGAAGCCUUGGUUCAGGCUACAAGCCGCCAACAUGUCUUCAGUAACUUUGACUUGGUAUUAACUUGUUCAGUUUGUGUAUUAAAACAAAAUAGUAUUUAGAGUUAUUUUAACCAUUCUUGUAGAUUCUGGUGGAUUCCUUCUGCA